AUGCAAGACAAGCCCACUACGGUCGCCGCAUACGCGGCCGGAGCCUCGCUCGCAGCCGUUGCUCUAUUCUACGUAUUCGGUCCCAACUACACGAUAGACGGAGACGAGUCCAAUGGCUCAAACCGCAAGAAAAGCAUCGUCGGCUUGUCCAACCUAGCCAAUGACUGCUUCAUCAACUCGGUUCUUCAGGCGCUAGCUGGUCUGGGUAACCUUCGCGUCUAUCUCAUCCGAGAGCUGCACCGACGCGAGCUAGAUGGCCCGGAGAUCUACCACGCGGUCCCGACUGACGAUAACUCGUCGCGCGGAGCAAAGGAAGACAAGGUGCGGGAAUUACAACAAGGAUUGAUCACUAAGGCAUUGAAGGACAUGCUAGAUCGAUUGAAUGAACGACCCAUCUACAAAAAGACUAUUUCCGCACGGGACUUCAUUGGGGCUCUCGAGUUCGCGUUCCGGACGCGCAUUAGUCGCAAUCAGCAGGACGCGCAGGAGUUCCUGCAGAUUGUGCUGGAGCGACUCUGCGAUGAAUACCAUGCAGGGGUACGCGCAAGAACCCGCGCUUUGGGCCCUAUUGAUUUGUCCGACCGGCUAGGUGCGACAGGAUCCGAGUCUCAAAGUACCGUACCCGAGGGCCCGGCCGAGGUGGAAGUACGAAUUGAUGAUGGGACACCAAAUGGUCUUCCCGCUAUCAUUGAUAAUAAACUAAAGGAAAUUGAUAAUGAGUCGGGAUUUCCGUUUGAGGGAAAGCUGGAGUCUCAGAUCGAGUGCCAAUUCUGUCACUACCAGUACAAACCUAACCAGACAGCAUUUGUCAAUCUUACACUACAAGUGCCGCAAAAGAGUUCGACCACGCUCAACUCCUGCUUUGAUGGCCUACUUAAAACCGAGUACAUUGAAGACUUCCGCUGCGAUCGUUGCCGCCUUCAGCAUGCGAUCGACCUGAAGACUCAGGAGAGAGCUCGGACCCGUUCGCAGAGCGACUUGGAACGUCUGGACCACGAGAUCUCCCGUAUCCAGGAGGCAUUGAAAAAUGAUCCAGAGACUGAACUGGAAGGUAUUACGCUUCCACCAUCAGAUCUUGCGCCAAAGCGACGAAUUGCCCGUCAUAUGCGUAUUGUCGCAUUUCCCAAGGUCAUAGCCAUUCAUCUAUCCCGAUCGAUCUUUGAUCGUAGCAGCUCUAGCAAGAAUGCCGCCAAGGUCUCAUUCCCUGAACGACUUCCCUUGGGAGGAAUUUUGAAUCAGACCUGGUUUAAACUACUGGCAAUUGUUUGCCAUAAGGGCAGUCACCAUAGCGGUCACUACGAGUCCUUCCGUCGCAACCACCUCUAUGCUCCUUUUUCUACUCCAGAAGCAUUCAGCUCAUAUGCGCAGAGUCGUGUGGCCAGUGAGAAUCCUUCUGAAGCUCCCAGCCCUCGACUAAGUCCUUUGAGUCCCGACGAUGUUGUCAGUGGUUCUAGCCUUUCAUCUGCGACCUCAUCUACCUCUCUAUCCGGUACAUCCCAGUUUGCGACACAACUUUCUCCUUCAGUGCCACGCCCUGGUACAUCCAAUUCUCGUCGUUCCUUCCAAAGUACAUUCUCUCGCUCCCAGACCCCCCCAACCAAACAAUUCGGACACCACUAG